CAAAAUUCAUUUAGUUUCUGACUUGAGGUCGUUGAUAAAAGUUUAGUAAAAAUUAAGUUCCUUUAAUAAAAUGAAAAUGUUCAAAAAGUUUUUGUUCCUUGGAUUCUUGUUGCUUAGCAUUACUGCAUUAUCAAAAGCACAAGAUGCAGUUGAAGAUGAAGUGACUACAGAAGCAGUAGAAGCAAAAGCUGAUCCUGAAGCAGCUAUAGUAGAAGGAGAAACCACAGCUAACCCAGAAGCUGAUGCAGCUGAGACAAAACCUAAAGGUAAAAGUGCCAAAUCAGCAGGAGUUGUCGAUGAAAUUUUAACAUUCAUGAAAGAAACUUGCGACAAAAUCAUCAAAUUCAUCAGUGGCAAGUCUGAAAGUGGUUCAGAUGUUGAACCAAAAGCAGCACCAAAUUCAACAGAAGAUGAAACUGCAACGGAAGCAAGUUCAUCAGAAACAAGUGAAGAUGCAUUAGGCAAAGCUGGUAAAAAAGUAAAGAAAGCUCUCAGCAAGAAGCUCAAGAAAAGUAAAAAAUCAGAGGAAACAGAGGAAGCAGAGCCAGCAACGGAAGAAGAAGAAUGAAUUAUUUUUGUUUAAUUAUUCAAUUCUAGUUUUGUGUAGACAUUAAAAAUAAUAACAUGGGUCGGUUCUAGUGAUAUUAACCAUAUUAAAAUUAAUAAAUUGCAAAAUUCAGUGAUAAACUAUUUAAAAUCGACAAAAAAGCAGUCUUGGGAGUCAUUAAGCUAUAAUGACCAAUAUUCUAUAAGACUGUUGGUCGGGAGUCAGUAUUUUGCGUUUAUCUCGGCUGUAAAGUCUAGUUUGUCCUAGUGUAGCUGAGGAAAUCCUAAGGACAUAAGAACUAUUCCUAAUCAACAACGAGCUACAUCUGCGAUUGGUAAAAUUAUAAAUAUCAAAUUCAGAUCCUGAUUUUUGUAGAUUAGAUUAUAUAUCAUUCCUAACAUCCUUAAUGCACCACUCCAAAAGUUAAAAUAAUCAAAUUUUCCCGCUAUUAACAUGCUUGAACACCAAUCACAAGACAAUGAAAAUACAAGAACCCAUGUAAUAUCCAAUUAACAUUUCAAUAAAAUUAUGGAACCGACCUUA